GAAAUAUUUUAAGAAAUUUAAAUACUUUUUACCCAAAUAUAUUUUAAAUAAUGAUGAUGAAAAUAAAAACCAAUAUGCCGCACUUAAAAUAUAUAAUUUGCAUAAUAAGUAUGGAAAUUUUUUAAAAUUGAUCAUUUGUCUACCCUUUAUUUUGAUAACAGUAUUAUGGAUCUUUUUAACCAUAUCUAUAUUCAAUGUUUGCAUGUAUGAUCCAAUAUUAGGAUGUAUAUUACCGCUCGAUUCUAUAUAUUCAAGAUCAUUGUGUGAAAGUGUUAGAUCCAAAAAUUCGAACGAUACCAUUAAAAAACCUGUAUUAAAAAAUAAAGUCUUUUCAUUACCGAAUGAAAAGAAAUUAACCAAAUCUGAAGAUAUAUGUGAUAAUAAUGUGAAUUGUAUUUUUAAAUUUAAUGAGAAACUAAUUAAUGAUUUACAAAAAUAUAAAGUGUCUAAUGAUUAUGACGUACUGGCUUAUGUAAAAAACUGUGCUGUUUAUAAUAAUAAUAAUAAUAAUAAGAAAGAUGAUAUUUUAGAUACAAAAAUUCAUAAUAUAGGAAAAAAUGGAGAAGAUAUUAUUAAGACUAUGGAAAUUAUAUGGUUAGAAUUUAUGGAGAAUGAAAAAGAGAAAUAUUAUUUGUUAAAAGAUCGAUUAUAUAUAUAUAAUAAUAAGUUCAAAAUGCAAAACAAAUAUACUGAUGAAUAUUUUCCAAAGAAAAAAUGGAAUAAUUAUAAUGACCUUAUAUAUAUAGGUUCUAAGGAUCUUGAGGAAAAAUUAAAUAAAAUGUUUUAUGAAUGGUACAAACAAGAGAAUUUAAAUUUAGAGGAAUAUAGAAGAUUAACCGUUAUUUGUAGAACAGGUUGGAAAGCUUUAUAUAAUUAUGUGGAAAACACUUGUAAGCAAAUUAUUCAUGCUGAUUUGGAUAUAAUUAAAAACAAAAAGGAAUCCAACAUGAAUAAAGGUUUAUAUAAUAAUGAAUAUAAAAGUAAUGGUAAAAAUAUACCUUUUAAUACCUCAUCUUCUAUUGUUAACCAAAAAUUAUAUAAUUCUUUUGGAAAAUUUGAGGAUCCUAUGUGCUUUAAUUAUGAAUACAGUCUCACGACUGCAUCUUAUAUUGAUGAAAACAAAUCCGAUUCAUCCAUUGAAAUUGAAGAAGAAAAUGUAAACUAUAAUAAUAAAAUGGGUAAACGCAAAAAUUUAGUAGAAUCACAAAUUGUGGACAAAUCGAAUAAUAUAGAAGAGAGUGAAAAUGUUGAAUAUUUAAAAAAUAAUAAAAAAAUAGGAGAUGAUGAAAUGUUACAAGAUUAUGAAGAAGAAAAAUUAAAAAAGAAAAAGUGGACUGAAAAGGAGGAGCAAACAAAAAAAGUAAAUCAUUCCGAAAAAGUAAAUCAUUCCGAAAAAGUAAAUCAUUCCGAAAAAGUAAAUCAUUACGAAAAAGUAAAUCAUUACGAAAAAGUAAAUCAUUACGAAAAAGUAAAUUAUUCCGAAAAAGUAAAUCAUUCCGAAAAAGUAAAUCAUUCCGAAAAAGUAAAUCAUUCCGAAAAAGUAAAUUAUUCCGAAAAAGUAAAUCAUUCCGAAAAAGUAAAUCAUUGCGAAAAAGACGAUGAACGAAACAACUUCAAAAAAAACAAUGAUGUAUUAGAAAUUAUGGAUAUAAUAAGAUAUGAAUCUUCAGAUGAACCAGAGGAUUCUAAAAAUAUUGGUAAAAAAAAAAAGAAAAAAAAAAACAUUUUCAAAAAUUUUGAAAACGUGGCAAAUUCAUGUGGAAGUAAGAAUUUUAAAAAGGUAUUUUCUAGAAAUAAAUAUACUUUAGAAGAAGAAGUUAAUUCCGUUUGUAAAGAUGGAUUUAAUAAAAAAAAGGUAUUGAUAAAAGUAAAUAUGUUGUCCAAUUCUGAUGAUAAUACUUGUAUUAGUGAUGAUAAUUCUGAUACCUGUGUUGAUAGGACAUAUUAUGAUUUAUUAAAUGUUGAACCGGAUGCAAGUUUCGAUGAAAUUAAACAUAGUUAUCGUAAGUUAGCCUUACAGUAUCAUCCAGAUAAAAAUAUAAAUGAUCCUGAAGCAAAUGAGAAAUUUCAAAAAAUAAAUGAAGCUUAUCAAGUGUUAAGUGAUGAAAACCGAAGAAAAAUGUAUGAUGAAGGUGGAAUGAAAGCUACAGAAAAUAUGUUUUUUAUUGAUGCAGCUACCUUUUUUACGAUGAUAUAUAGUUCAGAAAAACUUAAUAAAUAUAUUGGUAUUUUAAAAAUAACAACCUUUGUUCAAAUAUUAUAUGAAAACAAAAUAUCUGGUGAUAAAUUAGAUAAUUUCAAAGAUUUAAUACAAAAUGUCUUAUUGAACGAUCAAAUUAAAAGAGAAGUUGAAUUAGCUGUUUUAUUAAAAGAGAGAUUACAACCUUAUGUCGAUGGGGAUGAAAAUUGGGUUGAUAAUAUGAGAAAAGAAAUUAAAGGAUUAUUAGAUUCUUCCUUUUCCGAAUCUAUUUUAUAUUCUGUAGGAUGGGUAUAUAAAAAUAUAUCUAGUACAUAUAUAAAAAAAAUGAAAAGUAUUUUAGGUUUAAAAGCAGUGGGAGGACAUAUGCAAGCUUAUUUAAGGUGUGCAGAGAAUAUAUAUAUGGGAAAGCAAGCAUUUAAUAAAAUUCUUCAAAGUUUUAACUUACUUUCUGGUUUAGAAGGUGAGGAGCUUAGUAUGAAAUUAGGAGAUAUAAUAUGUGAUGCUUUAAGAUUAAUGUUGUGGGAUAUAGAAUCAACAGUUAAAGAUGUAGCUAAGCGGGUUCUACGAGAUAAAGCAGUAUGUAGAAAAAUUAGAUUAAAAAGGGCAGAAGCUAUGUUAAUAUUAGGGAAUUUAAUGCUAGAGAUAUCUGGUAUUAGUGGUAUUGAUUUUAUACAAUAUAAAAUGGAUGGAAUGAAAGUUAUAGAAAGUGCAUUAAUGAAAUCAAUACAUUUUAGUGAAAAUCCCGAGGAAAAUUAA